AUGUGUGGCGGGAAGGAUCUCGUAGCCAGUCUUCUGGCCCAAGUCGAAAAGCGUGGCGUGAAUCCCGCUAAACUCGCCAGACUUCCCGCCUAUCAGGCGCUGUUGAAGAAGAAGAAGGCUGCCUUGGACGAGAACGAUAAUAACAAUGCGAAAAACAGAAACUUGAAGGCGGGCAGGGAUGAUAAAGUUGCGAGAGCGAGCGUUGGUCGCAUUUUCAAACCACGUGGAGUGAUAUACGGGGUAAUUGUUGCGACCAUCGCGGUGGCGUUCGCGUUCGUCAAUUACUAUGAGUUACACACGCACCAUGGAUUUGCCAAAUUCUGGCUCCUUUGGGAAAAUGUGGACUUGACUGUAGAACAGUGCACCAUUGAGAUGCCAUCCUCAGUACAGGAUAUAUUUCGGCCGCCUGUCGAAUGCAGCAUGUGUCGACACGUGACUCACGUGGAGCGUGUCAGUACGAUCACGCCAGCUGAAUUUGAACGGAAGUACGCCUACAGCGGGCGACCGGUGGUGGUGACGGACGGCCAGAGGAACUGGACUGCGACUCAGUCGUUCUCCUUUGAGUUCUUCAAGUCGAUCUAUGCCGACGAUUCCCCCGUCCUGGAGAACUUCGAGCGCGACUGCCAGUUCUUCCCGUACCAGACAGACUUCAUGAACCUCAGACAAGUCUUUAAUAUGUCACAUGAGAGGGCUAAUAUGCUCGGAGAGCCUUGGUACAUUGGGUGGAGCAACUGCGACUCCUCGGCGGCGAACACACUCCGGGGGCAUUACGAGCGUCCUUACUUCCUGCCCCAGUCCGCCGAAUCCUCCAAGACAGACUGGAUCUUCAUCGGCACUCCCGGUUACGGCGCUCAUCUGCACAUCGACCACGUAGGGAACCCCUCCUGGCAAGCGCAGAUCAGAGGGAGGAAAUUGUGGACUCUGGAACCUCCGCCCGAGUGUUACUUCCAUUGUGUUCCCAUGGAAGUCGUCGUCGAACCUGGAGAGAUAAUCGUACUGGAUACGAACAUCUGGUACCACAAGACCCUAAUUGUGUCCAAAGACCUUAGCAUAACGAUCGGUUCUGAAUACGACUAGAUAAGAAAAACAAGAAUACUAACAUGAAUACGAAUAUAUAAAAGAGGGCGGCGAUGGACCCAAACCUACACUGUAAAUUAAAUUACGACAAGGGACAGACGUGCUGUUGUUGAAAAACCGCAGGAAAAGAAUAUGGGAUAAGAAGAAUGAAAACCAAUCUGGAGCUAUCGACUGAAGAUGGAUGCGUUUCUUGAAUACAAAGAUCGACGGGGUGUGCAACCUGGUGAUUUUUUGUUGCCCAGGCCUGAUGGACGCCAGAGUGAUAUACCCUGCUACUGAGGAAUAGAAUAUUGUAUGAGUCAAGGAAAAAGGAAAAAGGGAGAGAUUUAUAAUAAAUACAUAGAAUAUGUGUUCUGAUGAAAGGAUUUUUAAUCUGGAUUUUUGCAAAGCGUUCUUCGUAGUAAUUUGUUUUCGAAUUCCUCAGUUCCUUCAUCAGUUUGUUUUCAUCUUCUUCCCUCAUUAGGCUUAAUUGUAGAGAACAAUUGAGAGAAGACUAAUUGGGGCAAUCGCUUACAAUCACAUAGACACGAACACACACACCCGGACAGACACACACAUGCACACAUAAAUGAAUACAUACAUAUAUUCAUGCAUACAUAUACAUAUAUAUAUAUAUAUAUAUAUAUAUAUAUAUAUAUAUAUAUAUAUAUAUAUA